UUUCUUAUUUGCUAAUGGGGGUGAGAAGCAGUAAGCUGAGCCAGUUCAUCGGCGCUCGAGGAGCUAAAAGACUGAAAUUCCCUCCUCCGGUGGCACCGAGAGGUUAUGUGCCUGUUUGUGUCGGUGUGGAUGGUGAUACUAGGCGUUUCAUGGUGCAUACCAAGUUGCUUGGCCAUGCAGAGUUCUUGGAGCUGCUUUACAGAUCAGCUGAGGAAUAUGGUUUUUGCAAUGAUGGGGUUUUGAGGAUCCCAUAUGAGGCCAAGGAUUUUGAGGAGUAUUGGAUGAUCAAGAGGUCCAAACCCAAGAUCUACAAGGCUGAACCAGUUUAAUUAGUCAUGGGUUUUUUCAGUUCAUUUCCUGGUUAGAUGUAAUUAUCUAGGAAAAAUUUGAUGUUCAUUUGCCAAUCUUAGCUCGGGGAUCAAUUUGUUGGUGUCAAUUUGCACUGUUCUUCUGGCUUGUGAAAUGAAAAUUAUUAAUUGGCUGCA